GAUGUCCACAUCAGGUCUCUUGUUGGCUUCCAAAGCAACUUUGGAAAGAAACGGAUAUGACCUAUUUUAUUGUGACUUUGAACCCUGUCUGGUCUAUGCCUCUUGGAAACAUUUGAUUUUCGUCAAUCUGAGAAAUCGAAGCUGUACCAUACCAGCAUAUUAUUGUCCUUCGACCAUUGUGUGUUUAGCAGUUUGUCAUUCCACUUUUCAGAUUGCUGUAGCCUUGGAAGAAGGAAGUGUAUUGGUUUUACACAAAAGCAACAAAGGUUGGAGAUGGCAGUUGCGAUAUUCACUGAAAUUUAUAUCAAAUACUGGGAGUGAUGAAAUGUUGCCCGUGGUACGGCAACUUAGUUGGAGUGGCAAAAGACUGGCUGCUUUUGGUAAUGGUUUGGUUAUUUGGCAGUGGAGCGAAGAUUCCUCGAAGAAUAUCUGGUCGUCACAAGAAAACGAAAUUUGGGAGAAAGAACACUCCUCUUCAGUAGAAGUUUUACUGGAUUGGACUGUGGAACAACUGGGAAUAGUAGCAUAUCAUGGAAAGUUAUCUCCAGACGGGAAAUUUUUUGCAGUUGCAGGUUGGAAGAGUAGGAAAAUACUAGUUUGGCGUAUAGAUAGUGUUAUUGAACUACUUAAGAACCAAUCUGAGAUGCCCAAGUCUCCUCGUAAUUGGAGAGGUCGACGUCAUUCCACAAGUGGGUUUUCACCCUCGAUUACCAAUCUUUUACAUGUCAUGUCUGAGUCCUGUGAAACCUUGGGUCCAUCCGAAUUGGAAGUAGGCGAUAGUGGCAUCCAACAUUUAGAGUGGAAGUCAUUUGGAAUGGGUCGAAAUGCUCUUCUUACUGUAGAUGGAGAUGGAACAUUUCGUAUUUGGUCAAAAAUUGCACACAGUAGAAGAACCGGUGGUCUUCACUGGAUGAAACAAGUUCUACGAGCACCUCAUGUAGCAGGCAAGAGAAAUAUUUCUACUGCUGGCUUCUUACUCUGGAAGGAUUAUUACUGUCAAGCUGAAGAGGCUGUUAUGGAUCCCCUGUGGUCCGUUAUUGUGAGAGAUUGGUUAGGUUUUAAGCUAUCGAGAACAAUACAUUUCAUUAUUCGAACAGUGGGUAGUUGUUCACAUUUAUGGAGAGUUAGAGGCUUAGAUGAUCUUCCAUUUGUUGGGUUUGCAAGAUUAGAAGCAUUGAGAGAUGAUAGCAUAUUGGAGCACAAAGGGCUUCUUGUUCCACUGGAAACCAAGACAAUGGCUUUGAAUGUCUACCAAACGAAUUUGCCAAUAGAACCGGAACUUGUCUAUGAACGAGCACUUCGUUUAAGAUAUCCUUCGUCACCGCCUUCUGUUAUUGAUUCUGUUAGUUGUCAUCGAUCUCGAUAUUAUACUUUUGGUUUGCAAUACAACUGUAUUCAAAUAUCGGACUCUGCCGAUAUGAUUCAAAGCCAAGCUCCUCUUGGCAUAAGUUUUGGACAUAUUGGAAAUAUUGAAUGCAUCCAAAGCUCUGGAAUGAAAAGACAAGUUCCUUCAUUCCAAAAGGAUGUUUUCCCAAAGGUUUGGAUCUUAUCAACGAGCUAUUCUCCUUAUGAACAUUGGGUAUGGAAUGCAGCAGAUGAUAACCUUUGUAUGAUUGUGCCUGUCGCACGAUUAUUUAGCUAUAGGACAUGUUUUUUAGUAUCUCCAUUUCAGUUGGGUCGUACUUUAAAGGAACCCAUGGCUGGUAAACAUUUGUUAGUAGCUGUUGAUACAUGUCCUCCUCGAAUGUGUUUAUUUGGGUUGUCUCAUCAGAGAAAAUGCUCUGUUGUAACUAUUCAUAAGGAUUUUUAUAAUAUAUUAUGGAACACGAAUCUCGUUAUUUUACACAGUUAUUGGUGUCAUGAGAAUGGAAGAGAGGUAUUACAAGUAUGGAUAUUUGUGACCAAUUGUGUAUAUAGAUUGAAAAUCUCUGUGCAAGAAACUGUUUCAAACAUGUUUGAAUGGGAUUUGUUCGAAAACGAAUGCGCUUGUGCUUUAGGAACAGAAGGAGAUGGUUACUUUUAUCUAUAUCUUGUGAAGAAGUAUGAGUUGAAGAUAUUUAGAAAGAAAAUCAUGUUGAAUGAUAUCGAUGAUUGGAUAAUGAUGUGGAGCUUUUCCUUGGAACCUGAAGAUGGCAGUUGCAUUAAGAAUAUGACGUUGAACAGUUUGGGCAACCUUUUGGCCGUUCUUUAUAGCAAUAACAGACAUCGAACAUGGAUAAGGUUAGGUGACUAUCCUUGUGGAAAAUGGACUCCAUUUUAUACUUCAGAUGAUAUAGUUGAUGACAAAGAAAUAGAAUUGAGACGUUUUCGAUGGAUAAGAGAUACAAAGGACGCUUGCUGGUAUUUAUGUUGGGAACUAUGGCUGACAAAUACAUGUCGUUUCAUUAGCUACUGUUAUGCUAAUUCUGAAGUCUCUUUAUAUAAAGGGAAAGAGAAAUUGAAAGAUAGAGGAAUCCAUGAUCUUUCUAUGAAGACAACAGGAGAACAAGAUUGCUGGUUGGAGUAUUGUAAUCAUCAAAUAUUCAUGCAUAUUGAAGAACAUCCUAAAGAGUCGAUGGAUUGGUUGAAUCCUGACUCGAGCUUAUUUUGUUUUUGUUUAUUUCAUCGAUGGGAUUGUUUGUUGUUUCAUCUACAUUCCGUGAUAUUUUCUAUGGCCAACAUUUUUUCCACUACUAUCUACAAAAGUGAUCAAAGUAAUCGAGUUCAAAAGCUUUCUAAAUUGUUCUACUGGACUAGGUUGCUUUGUUAUUAUUUCCAACCUACUUUGUCAAAUCAUUUCGCUACAACAUCGGUCGAAUACGGAUAUAAUGGAUUCUCAGAUAUAACAUCUGCCAAAGCAUACUUUCAGGAAGCUCUAUCGUAUUUAGUAAAAGAUGAGAACGAUGAUAAUUUGCUGAAUCUUCAAUGGAAAAUGAAAUGGAAACAUUGGUUAUCUUGUUAUUGGCUUCUUUGGAAGAGAGAGUUGCCUUUGGAUUCAAUGGCUCUAAAAUUUUUGAUGAUUUCAAAGGCUUGGUAUGAGAAAGCUCCCGAAUGUUCGAUACUUCCUUUAUCUAUUGUUUUAUUGGCUUGUGUUUCUGAUUGUGACAAGCUGUUAUUCGAAAUAUUGUUUCAAUCAGAAGAAUGGACAAGUUGUUGUGAUAAUACUACAAGAGGAGAUAAACAAAGUUUUGAUUCUUUGUGGUAUUUCUAUCGUUAUUAUGGAGUUGGUUAUUGGGUUAGUAGACGAGAGGACCUGACUCAAAUUGUCGAUACUUGUGCUAGAGCAUCUUUUCAACAUCAGCAGAAUCCUAUGGAUACAUGUUUAUGGUAUGUCCUACUAGGUAGAACGAAAUCUUUAGCUAUGUUGUUCAAAGUGAAAGGAAUGAAACGUCUUUGGGAAUUUUUUUCUGGCGACUUUGACAAUUCCGAGAUGCAAAUAAAGGCCAAGAAGAAUGCAUAUGUAACACUUGCCAGACAUCAAAUUGAGCUAUCGAGUGCUUUGUUCAUUCUCGCUGGUGAGAAACUUGAAGGACUCAAAUUGCUAUUAUUCAGACUACGUGAUAUAUCAUUAUUUCUAGUUGCUAGUAGACUGUUGUUUGAUUGGGAAGACAAUAAUCAAAGGUGUCAAAUAUUGGAGUUACUCAACAGCAACGAUGUCUUGGAAAAGGAAGAAAUGAUACUUUUGGAGAUAUGGAUUGCUUUUCAAAGUAGAACUUUGGAUCUGUGGAAGAUUGAAAGACAUGAAUAUAAUACUAUUUUACAAACUCCUUUAUUGUUGCAUUCUACUGCAAAAGUUUCCGAUUUCCUUCAAAAUAUGGCAAGGAUUGAUUUGAGCCCCUCUUCAUGGAUGACAUUUUGGAUGCUUCAACAAAUUGGCUACGUAUAUUUCCAAAAGAGCAAUACACGUAAAUUACAAAGCAAACAACCACUCACUUAUCCAUGUUUGUUGAAAGAAUAUGGUAAACAAUGGUUCUCAUGUGAUCCUAUAUUUAGCUUAGGUUGUUUUUAUUCUGUCACUGAAAUGACAGAAAUUUCGUUGGAAACCCUUCUUGAUGAUGAAGAACGCUUAGAGUUGUUAUGGUAUCACUUUGUUUCUUGUUUAGCAGAAUUAACUUCAGAGGAAUUGAAGGAAUACAAAAGUGUUUGCUAUGACUUGUGGAAAAAAUUGCCCUUGCGUUUUCAUCAACCUUCGUUGUUUCCGUUUGUUUGGAUAUGCAAUGAGAUUAGACAAUGGAAAAAUAUAGAGAAGACACCAAAAGUGCUUCGAUUGUUAUCCUUUUUGUGGUGUGAAAGAGAAUGGAUUGGUUUGGAAGCCUGUUUGGACAAUGAAUGGAAACGAGAUUGGUGGUGCAAAUGGUUAUCGUCCUGGAAUGGCAUAUUGAGAAAACUUGUGAAACUGUGCAUCGAAGAUUUAGCAUCAGGAAGAUUUUUACCAAAUUCUUCCUCGUUUGUUGCUAUUUCAAAUACGAUGGAGUCGUUGAAGCCAAUGAACUAUUUUUCGUUUGAUUUCAACUUGUGGAAAGCAACUCAAGCUGUUUAUAAUUAUUAUCGUUGGAUGAUGGAUAUUUUAUCUGUAAUGGAAGAACAAAUAUUUCAUGUGGAAGCAUUGUUGAAAUUGUUGUUCAACUGCCCAAGUUUAAGGUUUCCGAGUGAAGCAAAGCAAUCGAAAGUAGAAGCUGGGGUGAUGAUUGGAGAUUUGAGAAGAGUGGUGAGUAGCCAUACUUUGAGACCAAACUCGGAUGGGAGUCAAUCUGUUUGGACAAGUGAAGAAGCCAGUUGGAUGCCAAGUUUCUCUUCUUUCAAGGCAUGUAUGGAGAACGAUGUCAAGCGACAAGCAAUUCUUUAUUUACUAAAGCAAACGAUAUCGAUUUAUAUAUUUACACAAUGGCGUUUGUUGUUGAUACACAAUAAGAACCAAAAUGAUGAAAACGAACUUGUAGAUGUAGAAUUCAAGGCACAAUCAAUAGUAGAAGGCUUUUACAAGGAUUGGGCUCAAAAAAGAUAUCCACUUACUACAUACAACCAUUCUUCAUCCAUCAGGCGGGAUAGUUUAUAUCAAUUGUGGUCUUUUUUGUAUCAGAGAGAUGCUUCAUGUAGAAGACUGUUAGAAGAAGGAUGGUUGGUUUUAGAAGGUAUCAGACAAGGAAGUCUGGAGAAGGCAACUAUCUCUAAUCGAGUUUAUGGACUCUUAAAGCAAGAAAAUUGGGACAGAGAGUCUUAUCCACAUAUAUUGAGUCAAUAUAAUUCUUUCUGUUUGUGGAAAGGAGACAAGGAUGAGGCAGUUCGGUCUUUAUGUUUAUCUAGUGAUGACCCUUGUUGGAUAGCUGUCGCAACAUUGGGAGGGUUGAUGGAUAUCUCUGUUCCCUAUUCCAAACUGCAACAAAUCUCUUCCAAACCAUCUCUUCAUCGUUCUUCUAGUGUUUCCACUUUUCCUGGUGGGAAUGAUAGAGAUGAUACGAAAAUUGAAACCUCUGAAAGAAUUUGGAAGUACGCAGGCCAAGUGGCAUGUGUAACUGCAGAUCCAGUUCGCCAAAAAUAUGCUUCAGGACAUAUGGAAGGCACCAUUAAAUUAUGGAACUUUGGCCAGUCAUCUUGUUUAGGACAAUGGAAGGUUCCCAAUGUGGGUCGAGUUUCAUCUUUAGCAUUCUCAUCCUUUGGUGAACGUCUUGUUGCAUGUCAUGCAACUGGUCAACUCGUUAUUUGGGAUGAACCUUUUCUAGCAGUAGGUAGAAGUACUGUUGCUUCUCCAUUAAUCAUAGAAGCAUUUGGAAAGCGCCGAGCCUCACAAGCCAUUUUUCUAGAUGAUAGAAAUUUGAUUGGAGUAGUUGGCUCUCCACAAGGACCUAUUGCUUCUGGUAGUUCCUUAAGAAUAUAUGAUAUUCGAUCUCCUCAUUACGAUAUACGGCCUGAGUGGACUUGCAAGGUCAAUCACGGAAAAGAAAGUCGUUGUAUUUUAAUAUUGGAAGAUCGAACUAAAGUAGUUACCGGCGGCAUGGACGGCUCAAUCUCUAUAGUGGAUAUUCGAAUGCGUCAUUGUGUUGCAGAGUUGGCUUCUGUUCAUCGUGGAGAAAUUCAAACUCUUGGCAUUGAAACAAACAGAGGAAGGGCCAUUUUUAGUGGCUGUAGUUGUGGAGAAGGAAAACUGUGGGAUAGCAGAACGAUGAAAUGUUUGGACACGAUUCGAAUAGUACAACGUAAAUCGUCUCUCUCCUUAACCGAAUGGAAUCCUUGGAGAACUUCUUCCUUAGCUCACCGUGGUAUUUUGACAAGUUGUUUGACAGAUACUUGUCUCUUAGUUGGUUGUGCCGAUGGCAGCUUAAGGCUUUGGGGAAAGGGCUGGUCACAAUUGUCUAAGGGACAGUCUUGAGGAAAUAGCCAAUCAUUGCUUUACAUUU